AUGCCCAUCACUCGCUCUGCCAGUCGUGCAACUAUCGCCGGAAACCCUACUCCCGUUGAAGCACACCAAGCUCGUAGCCCCACGACACCGGCAAAGAGGAAAGCUAAAGAAACCCCUUUGACACCCGCGACGAAAGAGAAAAAACCUCGUGCGACCAAAAAGCCUUCCGAAGUGCCCUCCGUUACGCAAGCACAAAUCGACGAGUUUCGGCGCAAUCUCCCUGAGUCUGGUCCUGCACCUGGACUAGUUCCCGCACAACUCACUUUCACCUUUGAGGAAGCGAAGAAUCAUCUCAUUAAUGUGGACCCGCGGUUUCAAAUUCUCUUUGACAGACUCAGCUGUAAGCCGUUUGAACGGCUCGAGACUGUUCAUCCAUUUAGAGCUCUUGUAACCUCCAUCGUUGGCCAACAGAUAUCAUGGAUCGCUGCCCGUUCAGUAAACCACAAGUUUGUCAGAUUAUACAACCCAUCCCUUCCAGAGAAGGUGACAGAUUACCCAGAGAGGGCUGAUGUCACGUCCUUCUUCCCUACCCCUCAGCAGGUUGCUAAUACAGAUUUAGCCAUCCUUCGGACCGCAGGGCUAAGUGGCCGCAAAGCAGAAUAUGUCCGUGACCUUGCAUCACGAUUCGCAGACGGCCGACUAUCCACCGAGAAGCUCCUUCAGGCCAAUGAUGACGAACUCGCAGAAAUGUUGAUUGAAGUUAAAGGCAUUGGUCGUGUAAUAGAUAUGUUUUCGAUUUUCACGCUACGACGUCCGAAUAUACUCCCUGUCGGGGACCUUGGAGUCCAACGCGGAAUGCUUCGGUGGUUCCUCGGAUUGCACUCUCCGACUCAUAGUUUCAGUUUUUCACCUGACAAAAGCGAUCGUAAUGUCGAAAUUGAUCAAGUUGAAGAUGAGCUGUCAGACGAGGAAGUAGGCAGUCUACCCAAUCUCAUGUCUACCGCUACGAGUUCAACAAAGUCGUUGGAUGCAACACGGACUCCUCCAUUUGACCUCUCCUCAAUCCCUCCUGCCCCACUCGCUACGCCAAGAAAGGCAGAUAGUACUGGAAGUCAAGCUAACGUUGCCUCUCUUCCCCCACCGGUAACACCGUCUCUUGAACAGACUUUAAUGAAAGUAGAGAACUUACCGGGUUAUGUGCCGCCACCCCUACCGGCUGGACUGUCAACGUCUACUUUACAGGGUCGUUUAGACGGUAAGAAGAAAAUCAAGGGAGCUAUCUUAACACCAAACGAGAUGGAAGAGCUUACAGCCAACUGGAAACCUUACCGAAGUCUUGGCGUUUUCUACAUGUGGGCAUUUGCAAAAUAG